AGAAAGCAUAUAGUUUAUCCUGUUUAUAUAAAAGUACACACGCAGCAAAGAGCGGUAGGGAGAGAGUGGACACACAAGCCGAUCUCUGAAAUAUAUUCAUAUAGUUAAAUAGGUGAAUAACUGGGGCCAAUAUCGGCAUGUAAAACUGUAUCUGUUACUGGAGAGUGACGCCUCUUGCCGUGAAGUUUGCAUUGACGCACCAUAUUUUUACAUGAAGGGUAGUGUGAAAGUAGACCUAUGAUCAGCGCCUUUGCUCAGGGGGAAUGUUUUCUUGACGUGUGACACCUAAUGUGCCUAAUGGUGUUGGCUCCCUGGUAAUCCAUUUAAUCCAGUCUACAAAGUCACUUAUCUCCUCUCCCAUUAUGCGCGUGCCAAUUAUCAGUCGUUUCUGUGUCCCGGUCACAUCUCCAAAGGGCUCUCUCCCUCUCUAUUUGGAUAACUAGAUCCGCGAGACACCCCCUCUUAAGCAUCACCCCUCUCUUCAACAGUGUGGAAGGUGUGAAGACGUGCGUAUCCGAACCAGUGCGACUCAGACACUGAUUGAUUUGGACAAACCUGCGUUGUAGAUAAUCGACUGACUUCAAUUGGAUAAUGGAUUAACGCGUCAGAGAUAACGCAAACAGGCUAUUCUCAACUCCAGAUGUCAAUGUAUUGGAAGAAAACACUCACCCAUCCAUAAGGAAGUGUACCCAACUAUUUUAACCUAGUUGAAUAAACCGUUCACCGGUGCGCACUGAGAGAGUGCGUGGUUGUGUGUGUGUCUUUUGUACUUAUAGCCCAAGUUGGUCUGGUUAAAUGGGGAGGCUUGAAGAACCUAGACAUUGACCUAGACGCAACAUAUAGGCAGGCAGGCAGGCAGACAGUGAAAGGAGAAAUCAGUCGCUUUGAGAGUCUGAGUGGUCAGAGUUGCGUCGAAGUGCGGCAGAGGGAUAUGGAUUGUGCGUCGAAUGCCAUCGGACAUCAGCGCGCAUCUCUAUCAAGAGGAAGACUCUAAAGCUGUUGCUGCUGGUCGAAUAGGUGACCUGCUCGUAAGGAAACAAGUUCUGGAAAAGAGAAGCUCGGAUGAGGACAGAAAACAACGUUUCUCUCGCUACGUAAAGAAUAUACAAGUUAGGGAUAGAUUGGGGACUUCAAAUUACUUGUUAGUUGUCACUUCAAUGGAGAAAAUGAUUCAAGUCGGAGGGAGAUGUCUGACAAUAUUGAUGAUCUUUUUAGUACUUUUCGUUGGAUUGGUGAUGGGCUUUCCCACCAAACAGCACAACGGCGUGUCUUUGGAGGCUCGUGCUCAGUCGCCCGCCAGUGGGGUCCAUCGUGGACCGGAGGCCCUGGAGCAGCAGAACCAGGUCCAGAGCCUCCUCCCCCCUGACACGGAGCACCGCCACAAGAGGAGGUGGUCUCACUCUCAGCAUCGCUCCGUAGGGGUUCUGCCCCAGCCUGAGCCGGAGGAGGAGAUGAAACCCUUCGUUCUGGACCUCAAGAACUUCCCCGAGCUCGCCAAUGCAGAUAUCAGCUCUCAGAACCCCAACAUCCAGGUGACCAUUGAGGUGGUGGAUGACCCUAACAUAGAAGUGGAGAUGGAUCUGGUAACGGACAAGGACUGGAUCCCUCCUUCCUCCCCUUCCACUGUAGACUGGCUGGGCGGUAAGAAGCUGUUCUGGCCCCUGUUCUGGGGCUACACAGAUGCUGACUCCAGUGAGGAUGGAACUGGCCGCUCAGGGCUGGAGGAGACUGAAGAGGAGGAGGAGGACGAUUACCUGUUGGAGUAUGGUAGUGAGGAGCCCCUCCCAAGUGGAGUGGGGGGAGACUGGGACAGUCGCUGGAACGAGGGUUGGGACGCCACUCAUAGCUACUAUGAGGAGGGGACGGAGGAGUGGAGUGCCUGGUCUCUGUGCUCAGUCACCUGUGGUCAUGGAGAGAGGAAGAGAACACGGUCCUGUGGUUACAGCUGCACCCUGACAGAGGCCACCAAAUGUGACAUGGAGCCUUGUCCAGACGCUGUCAACACAGUGGCUGAACCUUUCCCCUUCGAGAUGGAGAACGGCACUGAACCGUUUGGCACAGAUGUGGACACAUGUGAGAAGUGGCUGAACUGUAAGAGCGACUUCCUCCAGAGAUACCUCAACCAGGUCCUUUCAGAACUACCCAGCUGCCCCUGUGCCUACCCCUCGGCCGCCGCCUACACCGUGGUCAGCGCUUUCGACGAGGGACACGACCGGACCUUCCGUUGGCAUGACGCCAGUGGCCCUAAAGAACGCCUGGACAUCUACAAACCCUCUGCGAGGACUUGCAUCCGCUCUGCCCUCUCCAGCGAUGUCGCUACGCUCGGCGCCCAGCACUGUUGCUACGACGACCGUGGCUGUCUGAUCACACGGGGUAAGGGUGCAGGAACGCCCAACCUGAUCAGCACGGAUUUCUCCCCGGAGCUCCACUUCAAGGUGGACGUGCUUCCCUGGAUCCUGUGUAAAGGGGACUGGAGCCGCUUCCACGCGGUGCGGCCGCCCAACAACGGCCUGGUCUGCCCGGAGAACCCCCACCAUGACGUGUUCAUGAACGAGCUGGAGGAGGCCCGGGAAUACUGAGAACACACACAGCAGCCAAAACUACACUAACCAGAAUUCACCCGUACAGUGGGGCCCAAUCCUAACUUGAGAAGGGAGCGCUUGUAGGACUGUUUUGCAUAGCUUUUUGCAUUUUGCAUAUAAGGAGGUAUGGCGGUUGCAAGGUUGAGGUGCAAGUUGAUUUCAAGUUAGGAUUUGGCACAUUAAACACCCUGUGACCAGACCCAACAGAACAGAACUGAACUUCAUUGAACUGAACAACAACUAAAAAAGACGCAGUCCUGUCAAUGCUUGCCGACGUGUUUCGCAUCCAGCAUGGUACCAAGCUCUCUGUCUCUCUCUCUCGCUGUCUGUCCAUGACAUUGUCGUCUAGCCUGUUGGUGGCUUGUUGUAGGUGUUGUGGCUCUGUGUGACUGACAAAGGCAACAUAAACAUCCCAAAUGUACUUCCUGAUUUGAUUUUGCUGUGUGAGAUGUUUGAUACUGUAGUAAGUCUUGUUUUGAAAAGGGGAUUGUGGAAUGUGUCAUGCCCAACACAUGAAUAUAGUCAUAACUAUGCUGCUAUGAGAAGAUGAAGUUAAAUAGGUACUGGAGGGGGAUAUAUGAUUCAACAAACAUGAAUUUGCUGAAAGGUUAUUCUUAAAAAAUAUAAUCUAAAGCUGAGGAGAGAAUUUGGUCUAAAGAAAGAAGUUUACAAGCACGAACAACCACACCCAGCACCUCAUGCUCAUUCUUGAUAACAUGCCAACAGAACAACUUCUUAGAAGCUUGGAGGUGGAGACAGUCUUCUGGUCUGGACUGAACUUCUCAUCCUCUGAAGCUUGGAGGUGGAGACAGUCUUCUGGUCUGGACUGAACUUCUCGUCCUCUGUUUCAACAUUGACAGUUUGAGAACCUUCAAUCAUGGAUGUUUCUACAGUUUUCUCAGGGGGACUCAUAUUGUUAGAGAUUAUAGCCCAUAUGUACCUCAACAGUGGAGCAGCAUUGGGAACCACUACUUCAGAGUGCACUUCAGAGUGCACUUCGGACUGUACUUCAGAGCGCACAUUAAAGAUGAGAAUGGUACCUGUUACGGAAACGAAAAAGUUGGAUCUACAGUGUAAAUGGAUGAAGAGCGGAUAAAUACAGUAUUAAUUCAGAUAAAGUUAUGAAAUGAUGCUCUUUGUGCGGUUUUUGGCAAGCCAUUUUUUCUGUCAAUGUAAUUAAAGUUGAAUAGCUGUUCUAUUCCAUUGCGAUAUGUUGCAUUGUUUUUGCAAAGACUUCAUAGGAGUGGGAACUGUUGGCUUGAAGUCUUAACAUUUAUGCUCCAAACCUCUUUCAGGAAUUCAGUUUUUUUUUUAAUGUGUGCAAACAUGCAUUACAUUUUGAAAUCACAUGUUGUUGUUUUUUUAAAGGAAGGCACUUUAUUUAAGGUAUAUAUAUAUAUAUAUAUAUAUAUAUAUAUACAAACGAUGGCAUGUAUGAAAAUCAAAUGUUUAUAUGUUAUAAUGUUAUAAUUGUGAAAGGGUAACUUGCCAGAAAUGCUGCAUUGUUCAUUUGUAAAGUAUAUUAUCAUGUGAGUUUCUGUUUUAAAAGCAUGGUUGAUAUUUUGUGAUUUCUUAAACUAGUAUAACUAUACUCAUAGAAAAAAGGUGCUAUCUAGAACCUAAAAGGGUUCUUCGGCUGUCCCCUUAGGAGAACUCUCAGAACAACCCUUGUUCGUUCCAGGUAGAAUCCUUUUGGUUCCAAGUUGAACGGUUUUGGGUUCCAUAUAGAACCUUUUCAACAGAGGGUUCUACGUGGAACCCAAAAUGGUUCUACCUGGAACAAAAAAAGGGUUUUACCUGGAGCCAAAAAGGGUUGUCCUAUGGGGACAGCUGAAGAACCCUUUUGUAACCCUUUUGUCUAAGAGUGUACCAUAUUGUCUUGUACAGUAUUUAUUGUCCGUUUUUUUAAGUCUGCUAAAGCUUUGAAAUGACUCUACUAAAACCCACAUGGUGCGCUACUAGGAAUGCAAAAUUCACAACAUUCACUUUCCCAAAAUACCCAGGUAAAGAAAAUCCUGGCUGGAAUAUUUGUGGAAUCAGCAGGGCAUAACCUGCGAGGGAAUCAUCCAACCUGGAGUUCUUCAACUGGGAUUUCUGGAAAACUCCUGGAAUUGUUUCGGGAAAGGUUCUGGAAUCUUUAAAACCUACUUCGGACUGAGACACUCUGACUCCACGGUGACGUCAGAAGGGAAACGACCUGCCUCACAUGAUAUGACCACUCCAACAGCAACUCCAUCAAGUGUCUGUAUCGUUUUAUCAUUUUAUUGUACUUCUGUGCUAUGAAAAUAUGUUGUGACAAAUACAAUGAGGAAUAUAAAGACGUUUG